AUGGCCGCCUCUGAAGGAGUUGUAGCACUGUGUAAGUUUUUUACAACGUUGUCUUUCGUUAUCAAUGUUGUUAGUGCUUCCUCCAAAUGCACCGACCAACUACGAGAUGCACAAGUCAAGCAAAUUGCAUACUUGAUUUAUGUUGAUGAAUUGGAGACUGGUAGAGGUCUCAAUCAAAUUAGUAAAUUAAAACGAACCGGAGAUACUAGAUGGAGUUCUCAUCUCAUAUCAGUUUCUAGCUUAAUCAACAUGUUUAGUCCAACUUGUGAGGUUUUGCUCAAAAAUUUUGAGGAAGGAACUGGUCCAAUCAAAGGAGAUGCAGAUUCGUCAUAUGAGGCUAUGACAAUAUUUGAGUUCAUAUUUGUCUUGCAUCUCGAAAGAGAAAUAAUGCAUAUCACUGAUUUACUUUGUCAAGCUUUACAAAGGCAAGGUCAAGAUAUUUUUAACUCAUUGAGGUUAGUUGCACCUACCAAAAUGUUAUUACAACUAAUGAAAGAUGAAAGUUGGGAUGUUUUGCUUUGCCUUGUUAAGUCAUUUUGUCAGGUACGUAAUGUAGAUAUUCCUGACUUGUCUUAUACCUACUUUAGUAGAGGUAAUCGAGCUCGUAAUGAGCAUAGUGAUCAUACACUUGAGCAUCAUUACCGAGUGGACAUCUUUUAUGAAGCAAUUGGUUGUCAAUUAAUGGAAAUAGAUCAUCGUUUCAGUCAUGGUUCCAAGGAGAUGCUUCGUCUUGCUUCAACUCUAGAUCCCAAAAAUGCCUAUGAGACUUUUAGAAGUCUUGAUGUACGACAACUAGUAGAGAAGUUCUAUCCUGAAGAUUUCAGUGAUCAUGAGAAAACAAUUCUGAAAAUGCAACUUCAACAUUAUGCUAUUGAUGUCGUUCACCAUACAAAUUAUAAGCAAUUGACAUCUAUUGCAGAAUUGUGUCAAUGGGAAGUAGCUGAAAAGAUUAGUUUGGAGGAAAUUGUGGAAGACUUCAAGGUGGCGCAAGAUCGACGGGUUCCACUUUGA